AUGGGCGGCACGGAGUGCAGGUUUUCGCCGGAGAAUUUCGAGACCUGGAAGUCGAAGGUAAAAUCGAACGUGAGCCGUCAGAAAUUCGCGUGGUGCGUGCCGAAUGUCAACGACGUCCUGGAGGAAUGCAAGGAGUUCUUCGUGGACACGACCGGCUGGCCCACGUUGCCCCCAGGGUACGACCCGAACACGGAGAUCCUCUUGGAUGCGCGAGCGAAGGUGGAGCGCCUAGGCCCGAACGUGGACAAGGUGUCCUGGAAGGUCGACGUGGGCACAGAGGGCGCGAUCGCCAGUGGCGUCGACGGUCUUGCUUUGCCGGCUCCCGCGCCCGCGGCAAGCUCGAAAGCGCUUCCGCGGAGGAAGACGAGGAGGAGGGUGAAGAGGAGGGGGGCACUGGACGACAGCGGCCACACGACGUGCAGUUCGUCCAAGGGGCAAGCAAACAAGAAAUCGUACACCUGGAGGUGCGUAGGACACGAAUGUUGGUCAUUCCUGAAUUCUUAUCUUGCCGCGGAACCGGCCGCCCCGAGGUGUGGCCCAGGCAUGAAACCGAGAAAUCAUGAGGGAGACGAGCCGACACUGUAA